GUUGCCGAUGGACUGCUGUAAUCGCUGUUGAAAACACGGAAAAUUCUCAAUAAAAUAAAAGAUUUUGUCACAAAAAAGCGUACGCGCGCGUGUAUCUUAACUGAAACGUGCGUUAGUAGAAGAACGAACAAGAUAGCGUUCCGCGGUUAAUUGUCCUGUAUAGGAAGAAAGAAAGAAAACUGCGCUGUUGGGCAACAUACAUCAGCCAGGUUUUUGAAAUUUAUCUAUCGCGAGGCGUUUUAAUUACUUUCCCUUUGGCUCCCUUUAAGACGAGUCUGUGAGAAAGCAAACAGAUUCACCUCGGGAGUGCAGGGAAGUAGCAGCAACACGUGCCCUCCGAAACGGCACCAUUUCCUUUUCUAACUCUUCUAUUACUAUUACUGUGUGAAAUCAGUGAUCAAAGUGUGCAAGUGUGUGUAAGCGAAGUGUUUUAGGUGUGUUCGAAAGGAUUAAUUCCUAUUCCUGGUUCGAAAGGAUUAAUUCCUAUUCCUGCAUCGAUCGCGAAACUACGUAUUAAAACUGACUGACACUGAAAAAUAGUAUUUAGCUUGUAACGGUUAAUAAAACAAUUACCCGAAAGGCCGAAAGGAGGGGAGCAAAUAUUGUAAAAGAUUUCGCCCGAACUUGUAUUCCAUAGCGUGAGGGUUCGUCAUCCGGCAUUUGUAAAAGUUUCCGCUCGAAACCACAGAACCGCCUACUUUCGCUACUAGUGGUAGGCCACACACCCCACCUCGAUUGUUCUCGAGGUGCCAAAUCGAGAGAAUGGAUCUUGAAGAAGCAAAUGAUGCAAUUAAGCCCGGUGACACUGUACCGAGAUCAAAGACGGAGAUAGAAUUUGAGGAGCAUGUACUCGAUACAAAGGUUAGGCUGUCCGAUGGCACAGAAGCCUGCGUGUUCAGCCGCACGCCGCGCAACAAAGAUCUGCUGUUCGGGUACAUGUGCCAUAUCUGCGGCGUGGCCUGUCUGUACGGCGAGCGCAUGCUGCAAAUUCAUAUUGCCGGCCGCAAGCAUCAGGCCCGAUUGAACGUGACCGUGUUCGAUGCAGAGCAGUACCGUGCUUCGCUGGUGGCGAAACCGACGAAAGCAACUUCCGGAUCGAACGAGAACAACACUUCCACCGGAAGCAGCGGUGGUGGCGGUCAGGAAAAUGACUCUUCCUCACCGUCCUCGAUGAAACCGCAGGCUCGGUUGCAAAACGUGCUUGACGGCUAUCGCGAUGGCCCAUUGGUCGGGCUGGAAUACAUCGUGGAGCUGAUCGAUUCGGCGAACGGUGCCGAUCCCGUCUACAGCUGCGUGCUGUGCAAUCUGUACAACAACAACGAGAGCGGCAUCACGACGCACAUGAUCGGGAUGGGGCAUCGGUUCAAGUUCCUCGAAAAGCACUAUCCGACCGUGCGCAAGAUGCUGUCCCCGUAUCGCAACAACAAUCAGGAGAACGGCGGCCAGGUGUUUUUCCGCGUGGUGCAAACGGUGUGCGAAGCGAUCGAGGACCAUCACGGCCGGCUGACGCCGCAGGUGUACGAGGCGGCCGAGUUCGAGCGUAACCGGGUGAAGUUUGGCCAGCAGAUCUCGUUCGGCACUCACUUCGACGAGCGCACGGGACCGAAGUUUGUCGAGGUGAUCGACGCGAAGGUGCUGCAGGAUUUGAUCACCGCUGAGGACUGUGGCGGUGGGCAGGUUCAGGGUGCGCCGAAACGCUACCGACGCAACGAGCGCCGUAGCAGUUUGGAUUCCAUUUCGAGCGUCAGCAGUGCUAACUCGAUGCUAACGAUCUCGUCCAGCGGCGACGAUGAGAAUCGCGGAGGAACGCGAAAGCGAAGCCCGCUCAAUGGGCAGGGCAAUAGACUGAGUGGUGGUGGUGGCCGUGGUGACGUGUCCUACCAGCGGCAGCAACGGGCAGCACAGCCGGCAAAUUCGUCGGCGAAGCAGAUGCUACCAACCCCCCGAGAGCUGUCGAUACAGUCGGCUGCCAUUGCACACGAGCGCUACAAGUGGGAGAAGUAUCGCUGUACGGUCGAUAUAGCGGUGGAAAAGCUGGAGAAGCAGCUAAAGGAUCACGAAAAGAACCCGGAGAAGCACCCGCUGUAUUCGGAGGAGUGGAAAAAGUUCUGGAACCGGCGGUACAAGGAGCUGCAGGCAGAGAAGAAGGACCCAGCCAAGCAUAACUUCAAGCCGGAAUGGAUCGAGUUUUGGACGAAGCGCAUGAAGGAGCUGCACGAAGAGGAGGUCGCGCGAAAGAAGGAAGAGAUCCGCACCAAGAUGAACCUACCGGCGGAGGACGAAGAACGGACGGGCGAGCUGCGGGAGCAGUACGCACUGCGUGUCCCCACGGCGGGCAAGCGGGCCCGUUCGAGCGAGCGCAAAGCGGGCACGGCCGCGGCCCCGAUCCUGAUCGAUGUGAACUCGGACGAGGAGGAGGAUGACUAUAAGGGCGGACAGCCGAUGCGGUCCAAGAACCGGUCGUCGCCGCGCUCAUCGCGCCGCGGUGAGUGGUCCGAUUCGGGAAGGAAACGGUCCACCUCCCGUUCCCACCGGUCCCGCAGUCCCAUCAGCGACGAUAACGGGUACGAGGGCGGCUACUCGCGAAGUCGCUCGCAGCGUGCCCCACCGAUGGACUACCGGGGCGAAUGGCCCGGUGGCAAGCAUCGAGGUGGACCAGUGGCGGAGCGGGUGGAUUACGACGAGUGGGCGAAGAAUUACUACGGCCCCAACAAGAAGGUGUUCGUGCGUACGGAGUUCGAUGCGGACAGCUCGACACCGCUCAACUUUGUCGCGGUCUGUCGGCUGUUGACCGCGUUCGAGGAGUACCUGGGCAGUCUGGGGCCCAAGGUGAACGAUUUGCUGGCCAAGGCGCUCGCGCUGGAAAAGGUGAAGGCUAACUCGGCCGACGAUUUGCUGCUGAACGAGGACAACUGCAUGUUUCUGGAGACGGUGAAGGAAAAGCUGAAAGGCCAUAUGAUGGCGGAAACGAUCGAUGCAAACCGAAUGGUACCGAUCAAGAAGGCGGUGCGUAACAUUGCCCGGCUGCUGCACGAGGCAUCGAAACGCGAGCCUGUUAAGCCACCGGAGGAGGAGCUGUCGCGCGAUUCGGUGGCGGUGAGCGAAGCGGCUGUCCCGAGUGCUGUUCCUACUGCCGCGGCUGCCACCAUCAGCGCAUCGGCCACUGGGGCCAGCAUUGACAAGAUUGCCGUCGCAGAGCAGCUUGCCAAAGCGCUUGUUGCGCAGGGAAAGACCGACUUUACUACCGAAGAGCUGGAACAGCUGAUCAACGUGUACGUCACCAUGGCCCAGAUGUCUCGGGAGAAGAACUCGCUCGUUACGGCGAAAGCGUACAUGGCCACACUGCCGCCCUCCGCCGUGCCGGUAGCACCGAAAAAGAUCGUUCCCGCCCCGGUAGCUGCGCAGGCCGCUGGACCGUCGAAGCUGCCGGAACGUGUGCGCCCGGAAGCGGCUGGCUCGGCUGGCGGUGCGGCACGCUGGAACGACAAAAAGAUGGAUAUUCCGGUGCGUUCCGGUAACUUCGGCAGCAUGGCGGACAACGAUGAGGACGAGCCGUCGUCGAGCAUUUUGGAGAAUCUAACCGACUCCGAUCUGCAGACGCUGCUGCAGAGCUUCAAGGAGCUUUCGAAUGAUGAGCAGAUGCAUCUCAUCUCCUAUCUGCGCAAGCUGGAACGCACCGAGCCGGAUCGUGUCGAGCGAUUGCGCCGUUAUGUGAACUUUGACUCAUGGAGCAAUCCCAAGGCUGCUGGUAACGAUGGCGGUACUGGUGCACGGCGGGAUGCUGCUAGCCGCCUGUCCGAUGAAGACGAGCGUAAUUAUUUGGAGCAAGACGACGACUCCACAUUCGAUAUGUUCCAACCGUCGCCAGGACCGUCGAUGGGAGGUCGUAAACCGGUACCGAACCCAGCGUCUAGCAACAGUGGGCCAAAACGGCCAGCAGUGCCAGCGCAACGCGCACAACAGCAGCAACAACAGCGACAGAAAGACAUGCAUCAACAUCAACUGCAGCAGCAGCAGCAACAGCAUCAGCAAAAGCCUCAACAGCAAAAAGGGAACCCGAUGAUUAUGGAUUCGGAAGACGAGGACGAUUAUUCGUACGACGAUAUUUUGCGCGCUGCAUCCAAGAACGUGUCGAACGUACCGCUGCUUUCGGGCUCGAAAAUGCCGGCCGAUGCGUACGACACGAGCUCGAACCAUUCGCACCGAACGAGCGGCAACAACGAUGCGGGCAGUGGUGGGGGCAACAGUUCUGCAGGAAUUUCGCUGUCCGACACGCAGAAUUUGAUUGCCAACUUGAUGGAAUCGCUACAGAAAUCCGUGUCCGACGCCAACAGCCAUAGUACAGCGGGAGCGGGCAGUGCCGCCGGCAGCAAUAGCUACGCGAAUCCGAUCACGACGAUUGGCGGGACAGCUGGUGGUGGUGGUGGUGGGGAAAGUGCCGUCGGUAAAACAAUUCCCGGCAAGAUAACAUCAGCCACGCCGAAUGCCUCCUCUAUGUAUCCGGGCUUCCCUCAGCAACAGCAGCAGCAUGGUCAAUCCAUGGGAAUGGGCAUGCCCUUCGGUGGACAGCAGGGACAGAUGCCGAUGGGACAAAUGUCCGGGCCGCAAGGGCAGAUGCAACAGCAAUUUGGCAAUCCGUACAUGUACCAGGGCCAGCAGAUGUUCGGAGCGAAUGGUCCCGGCCCGCAGCAGAUGCAACAGUUUGGCGGUUACGGUAACUACGGAUACUAUUAGACUAGUUGGCAGAUUUAUAUAGGACAGAGCUUGAGAGUGAAUAAGUAAAGUUUCGGUAUUACGCAUAUGUAAACUAAACUCACUGUCGAUGGGAAACAGAUAUUGAUGUAUAAAACAAAAUGAACGAAUCACCAUAAAUACAUGAAUUGUGCGAUCGAUGUUUUAGAAUAA